AUGGCUGCCGCAUAUCCUGCCACUCUGGCUCAAGCCAACAUGCAGAAGCCGGAAGGGCUGGAUCUCUAUGCUCGGUUUGCGCUCGCCGGUGCCUUGGGUUGCUCCAUAACUCACGCUGUCUUCACACCCGUCGAUGUUGUCAAGACGAAGAUCCAGCUUGACCCAGCAACCUACAACCGCGGUAUGAUUGCCGGUUUCCGUCAACUGAUACGCAACGAAGGUGUCGGUGCUCUACUGACAGGAUUGGGCCCCACAUUCACCGGCUACUUCAUCCAAGGAGGUGUCAAGUUUGGCCUCUAUGAACUUUUCAAGAAACAAUCGAUUGAGAUCAUUGGACUCGAGAAAGCAAGAAGGAAUCGUACGGCAGUCUACUCUGUCUCAGCAGCCUGUGCUGAGUGUUGCUCUGCGGUCACACUUUGUCCCGCGGAAGCUACUCGUAUCCGACUCGUGUCCGUGCCUGGCUUCGCCAAUGGGUUAAUAGGUGGGUUUAGCAAAAUUCUGAAGCAUGAAGGUGUUGGCGCAUUAUACUCCGGAUUUGGCCCCAUCUUGUUCAAACAGUAA